UCUUGCUUACACUCUAAAAGUUUAUUUUUCCUUUUAGUUUUUUUCAUCCUCCAGUCAAAGGGCAUUUGCUCUUCUAUAUGGCCUGUGAAAUUAUCAAGUGAUCAAAAUGUACUACAGAAGAAGUGGGGGAAUGAUUUGUCCCCUUUGUGAUACUUCCUGACUAGCAAAUGGAAAGCUGAUAGCUUGGGAAUACUACUGGAAUAUCCAGGAUAGCUUGGAUUCUACUGUAUGUUACAAUUAAGCAAUAUGUAGAUGUAACUAAUUAAAUGAACACAGCAAUUUCUCCUUUUCAUAGUUAUAAUGUAUAAUGCUUAACUAUUUCCUUGACAAUAAACUAAGACUUGAGGAAAGGUUGAUCAGGUUAGUGAGAAGAGAAAGUCCAAGUAUUAUCUAGGAGUGCAGUAACUGGUUAGGACUCUGGGUGCCGCUGUUCACCAGUCUGGGAGAUAAAGGCAGCGCGCGCGCGCGCACACACACCCACACACAAACACACGGAGGGGAAAAAAAAACUUCUUAGAACCUCCAUCACUGCCAGAUUGAAAACAGACUCCCUGAGGCUGCCCAGAUCCUACUUCAGGACCCCUUUAUGCUCUGAAUUCUCCUGAAAAUUCGGUUAAUUUAGACUCAGAAGAGCAGAGAAACAAUACUGUUGGUGCCAGACUGGGAGAAAACUACGAAGCAAGAGAGCAAUGCCGAUUCGAGUGAAGGUGCUCGGCUGCCGCAGGCUGGUCUUGCUGUUCCUUUUUCUGUGGAUGUUGUUGGAAGCCCAGGCUGGGAAGAUCCGCUACUCAGUGCCAGAAGAGACAGACAAAGGUUUCUUUGUAGGCAACCUUGCCAAAGACCUGGGACUACAACCCCAGGAGGUGGCGGAGCGGGGAGUCCGCAUCGUCUCUAGAGGUAGGACUCAGCUUUUUGCUCUGAACCCGCGAAGCGGCAGCUUGGUCACCGCAGGCAGGAUAGAUCGGGAGGAGCUCUGCGCUCAGAGCCUGCAGUGUCUGGUGAGUUUUAACGUCUUGGUAGAGGAUAAAAUGAAGCUUUUCCCUGUUGAAGUGGAAAUAAUUGAUAUUAAUGACAACACUCCCCAAUUCCAGUUAGAGGAAGUAGAAUUUAAAAUGAAUGAAAUAACCACUCCAGGUACCAGGAUCCCUCUACCUUCUGGGCAAGACCUUGAUGUGGGUAUGAAUUCGCUCCAGAUGUACCAGCUCAGCUCCAACCCUCAUUUCUCCCUGGAUGUGCAACAGGGACCUGAUGGGUCCCAACAGCCAGAGUUGGUGCUGCAGAGUCCCCUAGAUAGGGAAAAAGAUGCUGUCCACCGCCUCCUCCUCACCGCUUUUGAUGGGGGCAACCCAGUCCGUUCAGGAAGCCUCCGAAUUCGAGUUCAGGUGGUGGACGCAAACGACAACCCUCCAGCGUUUACUCAAGCACAGUACCACACGAGUGUUCCUGAGAACGUGCCGCUGGGCACUCGGCUGCUCACAGUAAAAGCCACGGACCCAGAUGAGGGAGCCAAUGGGGAAGUAACAUAUUUGUUUCAUAAUAUAGACCACAAAGUGGCACAAGUAUUUCACUUGGAUUCUUACACAGGAGAAAUAUCAAAUAAAGAACCUCUGGAUUUCGAAGAAUACACAAUUUAUCCAAUGGAAAUUCAAGCUCAGGAUGGUUCAAGCCUCAUGGCCAGAGCUAAGGUGCUGGUCAAAGUUCUGGACAUAAAUGAUAAUGCCCCAGAGGUGACCAUCACCUCUGUCACCACUGCAGUCCCAGAAAACUUUCCUCCUGGGGCCAUAAUUGCUCUUAUCAGUGUGCACGACCAGGACUCCGGAGACAAUGGUCACACUACGUGUUCCAUUUCUGGAAAUCUACCCUUUAAAUUAGAAAAGUUAGAUGAUAAUUAUUACCGUUUAGUGACAGAAAGAACAAUGGACAGAGAACUUACCUCCCAGUACAACAUCACAGUAACAGCAGCAGAUCAGGGAACUCCGACUCUAUCUACCGAAACACACAUUUCACUGCAAGUGACAGAUAUCAAUGACAACUCCCCUGUCUUCCUCCAGGACUCCUACUCCACCUACAUUCCAGAAAACAACCCCAGAGGUGCCUCCAUUUUCUCCGUGACUGCCCACGAUGCUGACAGCAAUGAGAAUGCACGAGUCACUUAUUCCCUGGUGGAGGACACCAUCCAGGGGGUACCUCUAUCCUCCUUUGUCUCCAUCAACUCAGACACUGGAGUCCUGUAUGCGUUGCGAUCCUUCGACUAUGAGCAGUUCCGUGACCUGCAAUUGAGAGUGACUGCAAGUGACAGCGGGGACCCGCCGCUCAGCAGCAACGUGUCACUGGACAUAUUCGUGCUGGACCAGAAUGACAACACACCUGAGAUUCUGUACCCCGCCCUCCCCACUGACGUUUCCACCGGUGUGGAGCUAGCACCCCGCUCCGCAGAGCCCGGCUACCUGGUGACCAAGGUGGUGGCUGUGGACAGAGACUCAGGCCAGAACGCCUGGCUGUCCUACCGCCUGCUCAAGGCCAGCGAGCCGGGACUCUUCGCGGUGGGGCUGCACACGGGCGAGGUGCGCACAGCGCGGGCCCUGCUGGACAGAGACGCGCUCAAGCAGAGCCUGGUGGUGGCGGUCCAGGACCACGGCCAGCCCCCUCUCUCGGCCACUGUCACGUUCACAGUGGCGAUGGCUGACAGCAUCCCAGAUGUGCUGGCCGACUUGGGCAGCAUGGAACCCUCCACCAACCUGGACAACUCCAGCCUCACGCUGUACCUGGUGGUGGCGGUGGCCGCGGUGUCCUGCGUCUUCCUCGCCUUUGUCAUUUUGCUGCUGGCGCUCAGACUGUGGCGCUGGCAUAGGUCGCGUGUGCUCCAGGCUUCAGGAGGAGGAUUGACGGGCGUGCCCGUCUCUCACUUUGUGGGCGUAGACGGGGUGCGGGCUUUCCUGCAGACCUAUUCCCACGAGGUCUCGCUCACCGCGGAUUCGCAGCAAGCCCCGCCCAACACGGACUGGCGUUUCUCCCAGGCCCAGAGACCUGGCACCAGCGGAUCCCAAAAUGGCGAUGAAACCGGCACCUGGCCCAACAACCAGUUUGACACAGAGAUGCUGCAAGCCAUGAUCUUGGCCUCCGCCAGUGAAGCCGCUGAUGGGAGCUCCACCCUGGGAGGGAGUGCCGGCACCAUGGGCUUGAGUGCCCGCUACGGACCCCAGUUCACCCUGCAGCACGUGCCCGACUACCGCCAGAACGUCUACAUCCCCGGCAGCAAUGCCACUCUGACCAACGCAGCUGGCAAGCGAGAUGGCAAGGCCCCGGCAGGUGGCAACGGCAACAAGAAGAAGUCGGGCAAGAAGGAGAAGAAGUAAUGCGGAGGCCAGGCCUUGGAGCCACAGGGCAGCCUCCCUCCCCAACCAGCCCAGCCUCUCCCUACCUGUGCCCAGGCCUCGGAUUUUCAGGGCUCACCCCCAGGAUACUGGUAGGGGCCCAGGCCAUGCUCCCCUUGGGAAACAGAAACAAGUGCCCAGUCAACACCCCCCCCCUGCCCCCAGGGGAUUGAAUAUGCAAAGGGAGUUCUGCUGGGAACCCCCAUCCAAUCAAUUGCUGUGCCCAUGGGGGUAGUGGGUUAGUGUAGACACCAUUUAUCACACCCCUUUCAGUUACAGCUGAACUCCUCCAUCUUCCAAAUUCAAUCGGGCCCAUCCAUCCCCUGCCUCCCUCCUACCCGACCCACCCCACCCUCCUCCUCAAAGGCUCCUCUUUCUUAAGUUGUUUGGGGGUGUUGAGGUACCUGGUGACCUAAAAAGGCUCAUAGUUCUGAAGAGUUGGAAGGGCAUCAUGACCUCUUGGCCUCUCCUUCAAUUCUCAGACUUCCCCCAAAGCAUGGUUUGGUGCCAAUCCCUUCACCUCCUUCCAGGACCUGAGACCAAGCUCAAGUUUUGGGAGAUAUGGUCACCAUUCCCAUGGUACUGAUGCUUGCUGGAUUUAGGGAGGGCAUUUUGCUACCAUGCCUCUUCCCAACACCCUGGGGACCAGUCUUUUGGUUUUCAUUGUUUGAUGUUCCCACUGCAUGCUGUGACUUCCCCCUCCCCAAACAAGAGACUUCACUGCAUGUUCUAAGACAGUAUGGGGUGGUAAGAUAAAGAAGGGAAGGGUGUGUGUGUGUGUCUGUGUGUGUGUGUAUGGGGGGACGGACAAAGCUUGAUCCAUCAGUUAACAGGGUCUUGCUGGAGGCUCUGUAUGCCCCCAGGGUACUGACCAGAUCCCCAAAUUCCAGCCAUAAGCCAAGCACCAGGCUGGACCCUCACCUAUCAUAUACAGGGCAGCCCAGGCAGCCAGCGGUGGGCUGAGCUACGGGCACCAAUGGAUUUAAACUGGCAUUAUGGUCCAAGGAAGCUCUGAGCAGGUUUGGGACCAGGUCCCCUGGAGAGGUCAGAGGGGCCUCUGUGGGUGCUGGGUACUCCAGAGGUGCUGCUGGUGGAAGGAUCAGUGUGGCCCCAGCAGGAAGGGAGGGCCAGCUAGACCAUUUUUGGUCCCUGGGUUGGGAAGGAAAGGAGCUAGAGCAGGGACCAAGUAGAAAGUGUCAGCCCAGGAUCAGGGCUUGCUUCUCCACAGGGCCCCUGCAUCCAGCAACCCCAGUCCUUCACCUCGACAGGUGCCAUUUCAUCUCUGUGAAGGCCACUGCCCAGGCCCCCAGUCCGAUCCCUCGUGGCCAGAGCCUGGUUAAAGUUCCCCAGUGCCUCCUUGUGCAUAGAUCUUCCUCUGUCCACCCCUUCUGCCCCCGGCGUCCCGUUCACGCAGCGGGGCUUCGCGAGAACCCCACCCGGCCCUUGCAGUGGUGUAGAGCCCCCCCCCUUUCGGCUGGUGUAGAAUAGCCAAUAGUGUAUAGUGCGGCGUGCUUUUCCGUAAUGGCGAGUGGGCCGCGGGCGGCGGGCUCCACGCAGCCGUCUGUCCCCGAAUCUGCCUGCGGCGGCCCGUGCUGUGUUUUGUGCUGUGUCCACGCGCUCCGGCGACCCCCUCCCGCGUCCUGACUCCUCUAAGCGCUUCUCUUUGCAUAGUCACGUAGCUCCCCACCCCACCCCCUUCCUGUGUCUCACGCAAGUUUUAUACUCUAAUAUUUAUAUGGCUUUUUUUCUUUGAAAAAAAUUAAAAGAUUUCUUCUGAAAGGUU